AAGGGAAGCACUUCUCGGGGGCAACUGGGAAAAUUGCUCCCUCUGGCAACUCUCCAACUCCCCCCUGGCCCCUCCAGGCCAGACUUUGGGACUUGAUGAGCCGGAGCGUUCCCAAACCUGCUGUGUUGCAGGUGCCUUCAAGGCACUUGUGCAGGACUUGGUGAGCCAGAGCUUUUCCGUGCCAUCUCUCCUGCAGGAAGCCAUGAAGCCAGAGAGAGACACAGAGCAGAGACCCCCCAGGGUGCCCAAGCUGGCCUGGCUGAAGGAGGGGGAGGAGGAAGGCCCUGGAGCUGCCCCAUCCCAGCAGCCUGAGGAGGCGGAGCAGCCCCAGCCCCUGCAGGAGGAUCCAGGCCGGGACCGGACACAGGAGCAGGACCGCGCCCGGGGCCGCUUCCGCAGGGCAGCACAGAUGGUUUGCCAAUUCACCAGGUGCAUUUGGAGGGAAGAGACCAUCGCCAUGGGCGCUGGGGGCAUGGCAAACUCUGACCUCUGCAAUGCCGAGACCAGCGCUGCCCUGCUGGAUUUGCUUGUGGAGAAUGGUGUCUCCAGUGCCGAGAAAGUGCCAGCCUUCGUCAGGUACAUCCACCGGUGGCUCACGGCCAAUGUGUGUGCUGAGCGCAGACUAGACAGGACUCUUCUGGCUCUGGUCGAGGCACACCCCGUGGAUGUGGUGGUGACUCUGCUGCGCUCUGCCCCAUGCUGUGACAGAGCUGCUGUGAGCAUGUGGAGAGCAAUCAUCUCCUUGAGAACUACUGCAGAGUCGGUGCUGACGAUCCUUGCCCUCGUCCUGGGAAGCUGGCCAGCCUGCAGCAUGCGCACCUCUGAUGGGGAUGAAACGGAAGUCUUUGCCCUGGCUGCAACCGUGGCACUCUGGAAGAUCCUCCAUCUGCUCUGCUGCACACGGGCAGUGAGGGAGUGUUUCCCCAACCUCUUUGUGCAUCUGCUCUUCCAAGUGUUCUUCAGCACAGUGCAGAUGCCGGAGGAGGUUGACACCCUGUGGAGGGAGUGCCGGAAGCAACGCAGCCUUCCCACCAAGCCCAACAGGUUUGCAGUGCUGACCCUCAAAGCCCUGCUGCACCGUCUGCGCUGCGAGAGCGUGGUGGUGGCACUGGAGCGCAAGUGUGGCUGGGACACGCUCCUCAACGCCGACACCCACCACUACGCAGUGGGUCUGCUGGCCAGGGAGAUGGGCUCUGUCUGCACCCCCUGGUGUUGCAGCAUUGUGUGCUGCCUCCUGGAGCUGCUCAGCGAGGAGAUGUGUCCCUGGGAGCUCCCUGCCAUGGCGUUCCUUGUGGAGGCCCUGGUCUACCUGGACGUGAGGGAGUGCGGCGAAAGCGUCCUGCAGAUCCUUUCAAGGCACCUGUGGAGCGAGUGCCCAGAGAUGCGCCGCCAAGUGCUGAGGGGCCUGGUGGUGCUCAGCCAGGAUGCCGUGACGGCCAAAAGAAUGGGCAGCCUGACUGAAAGCCUCGUGCAGCUCCUGUGGGACGCAGAUGGAGAGCUGGUCCGGAGGACUGUCAGCAUCCUCGGCUUUCUGUUCUCCGAUAAAGACAUCCAGCUCUCCAGCCCCACCGCCCUGCAGCUGGCUGAGGCGCUGCAGCCGCUCUUCGACAACGCUGACAGCAGUGUGCAGCUGUCCUCCAUCCUCCUCUUCCGUGGGGUGAUGGUGACAGGGGAGAAAGAGGGAAAAAAGGCCCUGAAGCCACACGUGCGCCAGAGCCUGCUUCCACUCUUCUUCCACUGCCACGAUGAGAACCAGAGAGUGGCAGAGGCCUCUGGGGAAGCGCUGCUUUGUGUGGCCGGCUUCCUGAAGAGAAAGGACCUGCAGAAGAUAGUGAAGAGGAAGGAGCUGUGGAAGUUCAGCGAGUGCCUGCUGGAAAAGGAGCGGAGUCGAGUGGCCGAGUACCUGCGCCAGGCUUUGCCAUACCUGGAGAGCCCACAGGAGCCCCUGCGAGAGGCGGCCCUCAGGUUCAUGGGGAUGGCCGGGAGGUACAUGCGGGGACAGCCUGAAGAGCUGCAGGACAUCAUCGAGACUCUUCAGGGUCUGAGGAACGACACCAGCCCCGCCAUCUCAAGCCUGGCGCUUCAGAGCUGCCGUGUGCUCGAAGCUGCUCAGAGAGCUGCAUCCCCCCAGCUGCAGCAGCCGCCAGACUGGCUGUGCGGGGCCUGCAAGAGCUGUCCUGCUCUGCGGGGCAGUUUGUGGCUGUGCUGCCUGAGCUCUGGGGAGGCUUGAUGUGGGAAGCGGUGUCUGCUGGGGCCACGUGAGCCUGUGAGGAAGACCCCCGCUGUGGAAGCACUUCCCUCUAGUCCAGCAUAGGAAUAUAAAAUUCCUCUUGCCACACA